ACGAUGAACGCUGUCGAGACGGAGAAAGAGUGCAUAACAAGGCACCAUAGGCACGAGGUUGGGGAGAAUCAGUGUAGCUCGAGGCUCGUGAAGCACAUCAAAGCUCCUCUUAAUCUUGUGUGGGAGCUUGUGAGGAGAUUCGAUGAACCACAAAAAUACAAGCCAUUUAUAAGUAGGUGUGUGGUAAAAGAGGAGCUGGAGAUUGGUACUGUAAGAGAAGUUGAUGUGAAAUCUGGACUACCAGCUACUAAAAGCACAGAGAAGUUAGAGUUUAUCGACGACGAUCAACAUAUACUCUGUAUCAAAAUCGUCGGUGGCGAUCACAGACUCAAGAACUAUUCCUCCGUCAUUUCGUUGCACCCGGAGACUAUAGAAGGAAGAACAGGGACAUUGGUCACCGAGUCGUUCGUGGUGGAUGUGCCUGAAGGUAACACAAAGGAGGAGACUUGCUUAUUCGUGGAGUCUCUGAUUCAAUGCAAUCUCAACUCUUUAGCAGAUGUUUCCGAGCGACUAGGAGCAGAUUCUGUGUCGGAGAGAGUAUGAUUCUCUUACAAGGAAACUUUUCAAAAGGGUAGGAGAGAUGAACAUUUUCGUACUCAACCUAAGAAGAUCAUUGACGCUUUCCGUUUAUAGCAAUCGAUGUCUAGUGCUUUUCUCUUUUUUUCCUUUACUCCAUUUUGUGAAUAUUUGUAUAUUUUCAAAUUCGUGCUAAAACACGAUUUGGAAUU